AUGUCUAGCACACCCUCUCCAGCUGAGCCGUGGUCUUUGAAGGGCAAGACUGCCAUCGUCACUGGAGGAUCACGCGGAAUUGGCAGCGGAAUCGCCGUACACUUCGCCCGCAAGGGGUUGGAAAACCUCGCCAUCACGUAUGUGGCGAACAAAACCGCCGCCGAUACUACUCUUGCCAAGUGCCGCGAACUUGGAGUCAAAAACGCCGUUGCCAUCAAAGCAGAUUCAACAGAUCCGACAAUCGCCCCAAAGAUCGUGAAGGACGUCCUGAACGCCCUCAAGGUCACGACUAUUGACAUUCUGGUCAACAACGCAAUCCUCUCGGACAUCAGUAACACCUCGGACGUCAAGAAACUUCAGGCAAAGGACUUCAAUGACAUGAUGGUCGCAAACGUCUACACCCCAGUAAGCCUCACGACUGCCUUCAUGGAGUAUGCCCCAAAGUACGGCGGGCGCGUCAUCAACAUUUCAAGCGUUGCCGGCAGGACCGGCAACCCAAGUCCGAUCAUGACCUACGGUGCCACGAAAGCUGCCCUCGACAGCUUCACGAGGUCUUUUGCAGACACCUUUGCCUCCGACAAGGGAAUGACUUUUAACAGCGUCGCGGUUGGGCCCACUGAGACUGAUGCCCUGGCCCAGGCCAGGCAAGCUCACGCGGAAUUCAUCGACAAGCAGGUAGACUACAUUUCUGUGGCUCCCCGCCUCGGAAAUACCGACGACAUUGCCUACAUUGUGGGCUUCCUCGCUAGUGAGGAGGGACGUUGGGUCAAUGGAGCCGCAGUUAGCGCAAACGGUGGGCAUCGCCAAACUCUUGCUCUUUUUGGCUAG